GAUUGUAGUUAGAGCUCUGCUCUAAAUGAGAUGGUGGUGACUCUGUCUGUGCUCCUGUGGGUGUUUCAUGUCGCCGCGUCGUCUCCUCAUGAAGCUUAUGGAGUCGACUCUGAGAAUCCUAAUGAGCUUAACAACAGUGACCCAGACAUGGACUAUCUUCGUCCUGUGCUGUGUCAAAGUGCGUGCCGCCCACGAGAAACUUUAGUCAAGGUUUGGCAUGAGUUCCCUGAGGAAAUGCAUUACACCAUUUCUCCUUGUUAUGUACCUGUGCAGCGCUGUGGGGGGUUCUGUGGUGACGAGGCUACAGUGUGUGUGCCUGUGAAAAACGACACUGUUCUGGUGCAGGUGCAACGGAUAAGUGACCCCAUUGUGAUGAUUGAGUUACCAUUUGUUCAGCACAGUGGCUGUAGUUGCAGAUCCAGGGAGAGUCUGAGUGCCUCAUUUGUACACUUUUAGAACAAAGUGCCUGAAACCUCUACCAAAAAUGAUGCAGUGAAAUGUUGCAAAGGUGUUUUCCAGAGUACGGUAACCAAGCUGUUUUGUGCAGUUGUGAAACACUAUUUGCAGAAUUGAAAACACCAUUACCAGGGCUAUCAGUACACUGUUGAGAGAAAGUGUCUAAAAACUCUACUAUUCAAAGUUUAAAAUAGUAAAAAUACUGUUAUGUUUUCCACAGUAUAGUAACCAAAUUUACAACAUUUCUAGAUCAGUUGGAAACACUAGCAUCAGGGGUAUCCCUAUUAGUCAGUGGAUGAAAGAACAAUUGAAUGAAUGACAUUUGGCAGUCACAUCUGAAGUAAAUGUUGAAAACAAAGAUUUCCCACGAUGAUAGAGAAACACGGGGAAGACUCCAACCUUGAAUACUUCUGACAGCUGCUCAUAGACCACUGUAGUCGUGUCGUCAUUUUGUAGUCGGCGCCAUGUUCUUAUGCCCAUAUUAGGAACUCCGGGUCUGAUCUC